AUGCUGGUUGUGCAGGUCGUGAAUAUGAUCACUUCCUGCCGCAAGAGAAACACCACGGAGGACCGCACCACAUUCAGCCAGUCCAUCCUGGACACUCCUGUAUGCCAGGAUGCUUUCGGGCGACUGCUGGAUGGACGCUUCUUGAAGCAAACUCGUCAGUACCGGAAGAUGCAAGGAUCCACGGAGAAACAGCAGGCGGUGGUCGAGUUCUUGACGGAAAUGCAUGCCACUGUGGCUGAGUACAUGCCCGAGGCAAACCGUGCCCGGGACACCGCCAGCCCGGUUCCCAAGACGACUGAGUCUCAGAAUGGCAAUGACACUGUGCCAAUUGGUCUGCGUUUUCGAAAAAGGACAGGCAAGCGUCCUCGGAAAUCCGUGUCUAUGAAUUUUGGCAAGGACACGACAGCAUUGAAAAUGCUGCCACCUGGCACAUUCACAGGAUACUUGGCUCUGCUCAACGCCCGCAGAGAAGGCAAAGACAAGAUCAGCCUGAAGAUGUUCAACGAAGUUUGGGCCGAGUCCUUUGGCACCCGCCUGGCCAUCCGACCUGUCAGCCGACACGCGCUUUGCUCUGUGUGUCUACGGCACAAGCUCAUCAUUCGAAAAUGUGGUGCAGACGAGGUGGCGAGGGACAUCCAAUGCCGUCAGUACGAGCAGCACUUGAAACUGCAGUACAAGGACCGUACUUGCUACUGGGAAAAGAGGGGCCUCGCCAGGCUGAGAUCCUUGCAAGGCAAUGGACUGUAUCCAUUGAGCCUCAUAAGGGACGGUGCAGACCACAGCAAGUUCGCCUGCCCAAGAUCAGGAGUCUUCUCCGGAAAAGACUUCUCCUCUUUGCACCGACCGACCAUGGACCUGGUUGGAUGUCUGCUGCACGGGCAGUCAGCCUGCCUGGCGUUGAGCCACCCGCGCCUGGCGAAGGAUUCGUCCUACUCGACGGAGCUCCUCUAUCACAUGCUCCACCGCGUUUCCAGCCGCGUGGAUCUUCGUCAAGCUGAGCUCUUCCUUCAAGCUGAUAACACGACUCGCGAA